AUGUUGGUUACCGGUGUCACUCAUGUCCAAAGGCGAAGAGCCCAAAGUCCGGAGCUGUCAAACAGUGUAUUGCAGUGUGUCUGCCGAACACAAAACGCAUCCUUCCAAUCUUUUUUCUUUGGAAUUGCUGGGUACUUGUCGCGGUCUGACAAAUCAACAGAAGCAGAAAUGCUUUCUCAGCCUGUUGUCUCUUUGGCGUUCGGUGCCGACCGAGACGCACCUUUUCGAAAAUUUGGCACUUCUUCCGACGUGCUGACCAUCAUUCCUUCUCUCUCAAUCCCUUUCCUCGACAUCGUCCAACCAACACAUCACCGUGUCGUCCUCCUCACGAAUAGCUCGCACAUUCGACGCCCGACCAACAUGUCAUCGUCAGCAAGGGCCAUGCUCGGCCGUCUCACUCAGUCGUUGCGUGCAUCGCCUUCUGCAGCCGGUACAUCAGCUCGGUCCUUCUCCUCCUCCUCUCGUGCCUCGCAAGCACCCGUCCCUCUACCCACAAAGCCUGCCUCGCAAUCACAGCCUUCCCUCGCACCGACACCGAAAACACAGCUCGAACAGAUCAGGCAGUAUCCCGCCCAUCCGCUGCUCCAGUUCUUCCGCACACGUCCCUACGAGAUCAGCGAAAAGGCGCUAGGUGGCACCGCAGCGUACGAGGAGGAGAGCAAGGAUUCCCUCUCCGCCUCCAAGUUCUACGUCCGACUACCGCAUGCAGUUUCGCAGGCGGAUCUCGGUAGGUCCGCCGACAGCAGAUCGUGGUUGGCCAGCGAACUGCGUCUCAAGAGUUCCAAGGAUCUGCACACCCUGUGGUACGUGCUGCUGAUGGAGAGGAACCGUCUUGCAACGGCGUGGGAGGAACUCAACCGAGUGGGUGCAAGACAGGCCGCGAGAAUGUGGUCGCAGAACUUGGGUAGGAAGAAUCACAGGGUGCGCAAAAGCAUGGCACGCAUCAAGUUUGUGCUUAACGAACGCAGGUUGGCCCUCAUCGAGGCUCAGAAGCAGGUGAGAGAAGCGGUACCUGCUACUGAAGCAGGUCUUACUGGAAGCCUUUUCGAGGAUGGAGAUGUGCAAGAGUCGGUUGAGUCAGCGAAGAGUGCAAGCUCUUCGAUCCAGCCACAAGCAUGA